CUAUAUAAACGGUCAUUGUUUCCCAAGAUUCAGCAGACUAAUAAUCCCUUGCUUUUAAGUAUCCUUAAAUAGUACUAAUUUCAAUUCGAAGAGACAAUUCAAAGACAUUAAUGGCGGAUAUAGAAGGUUCUCCUGGAAGCUCCAUGCAUGGAGUGACCGGCAGAGAGCCGGUUCUGUCUUUCGCCGUGGCCUCCCCGAUUGUGCCCACUGAUACGACGGCGAAAUUUGCUCUGCCGGUGGAUUCAGAGCACAAAGCCAAAGUGUUCAAGCUCUUCUCCUUAGCUAAUCCCCACAUGAGAACUUUCCACCUCUCAUGGAUCUCUUUUUUCACCUGUUUCGUGUCCACGUUCGCCGCCGCUCCGCUUGUUCCUAUCAUCCGCGACAACCUUAAUCUGGUUAAGUCCGACAUUGGGAACGCCGGAGUGGCCUCCGUCUCCGGGAGUAUUUUAUCCAGGCUGGUGAUGGGCGCGGUGUGUGAUCUCCUGGGCCCGCGUUACGGAUGCGCUUUUCUCAUCAUGUUAACUGCCCCCACCGUGUUUUGCAUGUCGUUUGUGUCCUCCGCCGGCGGCUACGUGGCGGUCCGGUUCAUGAUCGGAUUCUCACUCGCCACCUUCGUCUCCUGCCAGUACUGGAUGAGCACCAUGUUCAACAGCAAAAUCAUAGGGCUUGCGAACGGGACCGCCGCGGGAUGGGGGAAUAUGGGAGGUGGCGCCACCCAGCUUCUAAUGCCGGUUCUUUACGACAUAAUCCGGAAAGCCGGGGCAACUCCGUUCAGCGCCUGGAGGAUCGCUUUCUUCAUUCCGGGUUGGCUUCACGUCGUGAUGGGAAUUCUGGUCCUCACCCUCGGCCAAGACUUGCCGGACGGCAACUUAGGAUCGUUACAAAAGAAAGGCAACAUUAACAAAGACAAAUUUUCAAAGGUGUUUUGGUACGCCGUCACAAACUACAGAACCUGGAUCUUUGCCCUCCUCUAUGGAUAUUCUAUGGGUGUUGAAUUGUCAACUGAUAAUGUCAUUGCUGAGUAUUUCUUUGACAGGUUUGAUCUAAAGCUCCACACCGCUGGAAUAAUUGCGGCGACCUUUGGAAUGGCGAAUCUGGUGGCGCGGCCGUUCGGAGGAUUUGCGUCCGACUACGCCGCGAAGUUCUUCGGAAUGAGGGGGAGGCUAUGGACCUUAUGGAUCUUGCAAACGAUGGGAGGACUGUUCUGCUUCCUUCUGGGGCGGGCGAAUACGCUUCCCUUAGCCGUGACAUGGAUGAUCAUCUUCUCCAUCGGAGCUCAGGCGGCCUGCGGGGCCACUUUCGGCAUCACACCCUUCAUUUCCCGGCGGUCGUUGGGCAUCAUCUCGGGGCUGACCGGCGCUGGAGGCAACUUCGGGUCCGGAUUGACGCAGCUAAUAUUCUUCUCGACCUCAAAGUUCUCGACGGCGUCGGGGCUGUCGUACAUGGGGAUAAUGAUCAUGGCGUGCACUCUUCCGGUGACUCUGGUCCACUUCCCGCAAUGGGGAGGCAUGUUUUUCCCUGCGUCAAAGGAUGCUGUGAGGGGAACCGAAGAGCAUUAUUAUUGUUCUGAAUGGAACGAGGAGGAAAAGCAGAAAGGUAUGCACCAAAACAGCCUCAAAUUCGCCGAGAACAGCCGCUCUGAGCGGGGGAAACGCGUCGCUCCGGCUGCUACGCCGCCUAAUGUCACGCCUGACCGCUUCUGAUGAUUCCCUGAACUAUCCAAUCCAAACUCUAUAUUCUUGGAAUCAAAUACACAUUAAAUUUAUCCACGAUUCAAUUCACACUGUUUAUCUGCAGUAUUUUGUGCUUUGAGUUUUAUGUUGAGUAAAUCAUUAAAACCAACAAUAUUGGUAACUGCUGGGUGUUAGUUUUCGCAAGCCAAAAAUGUAGAACUAUGGU